GGGGCCAUGCAGGCGCGCUACUCCGUGUCCAGCCCCAACUCCCUGGGAGUGGUGCCCUACCUUGGCGGAGAGCAGAGCUACUACCGCGCCGCGGCGGCAGCGGCCGGGGGCGGCUACACAGCCAUGCCGGCCCCCAUGAGCGUGUACUCGCACCCGGCGCACGCCGAGCAGUACCCGGGCGGCAUGGCCCGCGCUUAUGGGCCCUACACGCCGCAGCCACAGCCCAAGGACAUGGUGAAGCCUCCCUAUAGCUACAUCGCGCUCAUCACCAUGGCUAUCCAGAACGCCCCGGACAAGAAGAUCACCCUCAACGGCAUCUACCAGUUCAUCAUGGACCGCUUCCCUUUCUAUCGGGACAAUAAACAAGGCUGGCAGAACAGCAUUCGUCACAACCUCUCCCUGAAUGAGUGCUUCGUCAAGGUGCCCCGCGACGACAAGAAACCCGGCAAGGGCAGCUACUGGACGCUGGACCCGGACUCGUACAACAUGUUCGAGAACGGCAGCUUCCUCCGGCGACGGCGGCGCUUCAAGAAGAAGGACGCGGUGAAGGACAAGGAGGAGAAGGACCGGCUGCACCUCAAGGAGCCGCCGCCGCCGCAGCCCGGUCGCCAGCCCCCGCCCGCGCCGCCCGAGCAGGCCGACGGCGCCGCGCCCGGACCGCAGCCUCCGCCAGUGCGCAUUCAGGACAUCAAAACCGAGAACGGUACGUGCCCCUCGCCGCCCCAGCCCCUGUCCCCAGCCGCCGCCCUGGGCAGCGGCAGCGCCGCCGCGGUGCCCAAAAUCGAAAGCCCCGACAGCAGUAGCAGCAGCCUGUCGAGUGGGAGCAGCCCCCCGGGCAGCCUGCCUUCCGCGCGGCCACUGAGCCUGGACGGCGCGGAGCCCGCGCAGCCACCGCCGCCCGCCCAGCCCGCGCCGCCUCCGCCGCACCACAGUCAGGGCUUCAGCGUGGACAACAUCAUGACGUCGCUUCGGGGGUCGCCGCAGGGCGCGGCCGCGGAGCUCAGCUCAGGCCUCCUGGCCUCGGCAACCGGGUCCUCGCGCUCGGGCAUCGCACCCCCGCUGGCGCUCGGCGCCUACUCGCCUGGCCAGAGCUCUCUCUACAGCUCCCCCUGCAGCCAGAGCUCCAGCGCCGGCAGCUCUGGCGGGGGCAGCGGCGGAGGGGGCGGCGGCGGCGGCGGCGCGGCGGGCGCCGGAACCUACCACUGCAACCUGCAGGCCAUGAGCCUGUACGCGGCCGGAGAGCGCGGCGGCCACUUGCAGGGCGCGCCGGGGGGCGCGGGCGGCUCGGCGGUGGACGACCCCCUGCCCGACUACUCUCUGCCCCCAGUCACCAGCAGCAGCUCCUCGUCCCUGAGUCACGGCGGCGGGGGUCAGGAGACCGGCCACCACCCUGCGGCCCACCAAGGCCGCCUCACCUCGUGGUACCUGAACCAGGCGGGCGGAGACCUGGGCCACUUGGCGAGCGCGGCGGCGGCGGCGGCGGCCGCGGGCUAUCCCGGCCAGCAGCAGAACUUCCACUCUGUGCGGGAGAUGUUCGAGUCACAGAGGAUCGGCUUGAACAACUCUCCGGUGAACGGGAAUAGUAGCUGUCAGAUGGCCUUCCCUUCCAGCCAGUCUCUGUACCGCACGUCCGGGGCUUUCGUCUACGACUGUAGCAAGUUUUGACACCCCCGACCCCCCCUCCAGAGUCGGACUGAAUGGAACCCUAAAGCAGGAACAGCCAAAAGAACCAUCAGUGCAAAAUCGAAACCAAAAAAAGAAGAAGAGAAAAAGAAAUCCAAUUAAAAACAAAAAACAAAAAACCUUGAAAAAUAUUCACAAAACCAGCGAACAGAAUCCCUCCAAAAAUUCAACUCACCAGCACAAAGAAAACUAUUUUCUUAAAAGAUUCAGAGCCACCUUCACAUUGCCUUAUCUAAAUAAACAAAACAGUAAACUAUUUUGUACAGAGACAGCAAAAUCAUGGUUUAUUAAAGGACAGUGUUACUCCAGAUAACACGUAAGUUUCUUCUUGCUUUUCAGAGAUCACGCUUUUCUCCCUUCUCUCCCAUUCCCCUGCCCUUCUCUUUCCUCCACCUCUCACCUGUAAGAUAUUUUAUCCUAUGUUGAAAGGAGGGGGAAAGUCCCCGUAUAUGAAAGUCGCUUUCUUUUUAUUCAUGGACUUGUUUUAAAAUGUAAAUUGCAACAUAGUAAUUUAUUUUUAAUUUGUAGUUGGAUGUCGUGGACCAAACGCCAGAAAGUGUUUCCAAAACCUGACGUUAAAUUGCCUGAAACUUUAAAUUGUGCUUUUUUUUUUUCAUUAUAAAAAGGGAAACUGUAUUAAUCUUAUUCUAUCAUCUUUUUUUCCUUUUUGUUGAACAUAUUCAUUGUUUGUUUAUUAAUAAAUUACCAUUCAGUUUGAAUGAGAUCUAUAUGUCUGGAUACUUUAAUACAGCCGUAAUUAUUAUAAGAAAAAAGAUUUCAGAUUAAAAGACUAGAAAUGACCUAUUCUUCUCCUACGUAGCUGAAAAAUGGAAGAACCCUCUGACUAUUCCUUGUCAAAUUUCACAUGAAAGUCUCUUUUUGUUUAGAUUUUUUUUUUCCUGCAGCAUCUUCUGCAAAAUGUACUAUAUAGUCAGCUUGCUUUGUGGCUAGUCAAAAGAUAUUUUCCUAAA